GGGUGAGCACGCGGGCAGGAACCCGAGCCGGCCUAUUUGUCGCCCCCCGAGAGUUACAUUUGUUGGGGUACCACCCCCCUCUCAAUCAUCAGGUUGAGAACACAAGGUGUUUUCCUCGCAGCUCCCUACCACCGCCACCAUUCUAACCAGACUACCAUUCCACACUUCGUGUUGAUCAUUCUUCUUCUUCUUCUCUUUCUUUUCCGGGAAGGGGACGUGAACCGGUACAGUGAUGUACGCUAACUGUCUUGUUACCCAAUUUAUUUCUUUUCGGGACUCCGACGGGAAAUGUGAGUGGGUGCUGUGGUGUGGCCUUACAUUCUAGUUGACUUAGUUUCCGUGUGCGAAGGACUGUGAAAGUUGUGAUGUUGCACUGAAAAAAUGGUGCUUUUUGACUGUUCAGAAUUUAUGAUGAUCAAUACAAACAUUCUGAUUUCGGUUUUAACUUUCUAAAAUAUUGGAUUACCGCUUUGGAAAAGUUUGAUGUUCAAGAGUGAAGAAAUACUUUUUUUUAAAAAGAGAAACCUUACAAGAGGUUUUCUGCAAUAUUUGGAUAACUCCAGGAUAAGGGAUUAAGAAGAACACUCUGAGAACUGACCGGACUUCUCGACGUGAGCUGAGUUAGCGUGCUGCCCUGUGGUUUUCUGUUGACGAGACUCGUCUCGUACACACUGGGAAUUGUGAAGGGCAGAGGGAGGGGGGCGAGAGUGGAACGAAGCGCGGCAUGGAGACAGAGGAACUCCGAGCAUCUCUUUGACCCACUGAUUUCGGAGAUGUGAGACCAGAUGCCAAAGUGCAGCCCCGCACAAGCGGCCGGGGAAGAGUGCGGCUGUGUGGUCAACGAUGCGGAGAGGUGGCAGCGAGGGGAAGCAACAACACCUUGAUCUUGUGACGGGGAUAGCUGCAGUCGGGAAAACACCGACCACCACGUCGCCAGGUUCACUAGGAGAAACUAGGUCAGCCAGAGACGAACAGCGACGAGGUCGUUACUUUGGAAGAAAAGGCGACGUUUUCGCGGGUAGAGAGCUGGGAGAGAAGGCGUCUUUGCUGGUAGAUCAGGACGCAACGUAUUCAUCGGUAGAGAAAGACCAGGAAGAGACCAGAAUCACGGUUUGGAAGGUGUGAGGAUUCGACGAAGAGAGGACAUACUUGUUGCUCGUGGUGGCUUCAAGCAGGGGAGCAGUUGAAAAGGCCAGUAGAAGAAGCUGCUGGAGAAGAGAGAGAAGCGACUUUAGAUGGGAUUGUGUUUCGUUUGGUGAACGUCAGAGUUUAGCAUUGUUUUGAGAGAGGAAAGGUUGUAAUAAAACGAGCUAAGUGAAAGGUCAGACGUCAGUUUUGAGAUUGCAAGCAAGGUUUUUGACCGGAGAAAGAUCGAGAUUAGGGAUUCAACUUUAAGAAAAGACGUUAAUGUUGAGAAUAGGCUUUUAGGAGAAACAAUUGAUAUUAGAAAAUAGUUUUUGAAUAGAAACAACCGAGAUCAGCGAAUACACUUUGUGCAGAACAGUUGAGUUAAGAGCCUAUCGUUAAUUAACAUCUGUUAAUUGGCGUUAGUGGAGAGAGAUCGAGUUCCGCGUUCCACAAGAGGGGAGUAGAACACAGAUCUUGCUCAGCUGCAGUGAAGCCUUUCCGAGGCCCGGAAAGUGAUGUGGUUUGGCGCAGGCAUGAAGUUCUGGCAGCGCGUGGUGGCCGUGGUGAUGCUUGGCCUCACGUCCCUGCUGGUGUACUUCCAUCUGCCGGGCGAGGACGGGGGCGUGGUGCAGAUGAAGAUGAGGCAGCACUACAGGAGGAUGGUGGAAGGUGCACGUCCGACGCCUGAUCCGCCGCGGGCAGCUGGAGAUAGCGCUGGGCGGCUGGGUGAUGCCGGACGAGGCGAGCACCCACUACGUGUCGCUGGUGGAUCAGCUGGUGGAGGGCCACCAGUGGCUGUGGGAGAACCUCCGGGUGCGGCCGGAGAACAGCUGGUCCAUCGACCCGUUCGGCCACUCGGCCACGGCGCCCUACCUGUGGCACCGCGCCGGCAUGAGCAACAUGGUGGUGCAGCGCGUGCAUCAGGCGGUGAAGACGUCCCUUGUGAAGCACAAGUCUCUGGAGUUCAACUGGCGACAGAUGUGGGACCACAAGGGAACCACUGACAUCCUGUGUCACAUGAUGCCCUUCAUGCUGUACAACAUCAAAUACUCCUGUGGGCCGGACCCCUACUCCUGCCUCCACUUCGACUUCCGACGCAUCGCCGGAGACUAUUCCGAGUCCCGCGCCUCGGAGAUCACGCGCGGCAACAUACGGGAGACGUCUGAGAUGCUGUACAAGCAGUUCCGCUCAAAGGCGCAUUACUUCCAGCACAACACUAUCCUCGUGCCCAUCGGCGACGACUUCCGAUAUGACAGGGAGAAAGAGUGGGACCAGCAGUACGAGAACUAUGAGCGCCUCACGCAGUACAUCAACGCGCAGAAAGAAUGGAACAUUCGUGUGCAGUGGGGUACGCUCAAAGAUUACUUCCAACUGGUGAGACAGGAUCAGGCUGCGUUGAAGAUGGAGGAUAAAGACGCAGAUUUCCCUGUCGUCAGUGGAGAUUUUUUCCCUUACUCGGAUAAGGAUAACGCGUACUGGACGGGCUACUAUACGACCCGUCCGUUCGACAAGCGAUUCAGUCGUGAUUUGCAACACGCGGUGCAAGCGGCGGAUACGCUCAACACGCUGACCUACGCCUUCAACAAGAAGUGGGGGCUGCCGACUGGGGACAAGUUCCUGCAACACUCCUCUUUCUUACAGCAGGCGCGGCGGUCACUGGGUCUCUUCCAGCACCACGACGCCAUCACAGGCACGGCCAAAGAGUUUGUGGUUCAAGACUACGAGAAUUAUCUCCUCCGCGCCUACAACCAAUCGCAGGACGUGAUGCGUAUGUCGAUACAGACGCUCCUCUCGCAGGGGAAGAUCGACUCGCCCGUCGUCUUUAAACCAGAGACAGUGCGUAAGUUGUCCACCGAAUCCCCUCACAAACAAAUCAUCACGGUCCGUGAGGGUGGGACCACGCUCACCUUCUUUAACUCUCUCGGCCAGCCCAGGCAGCAGAUGGUUCACGUACUGGUGGACUGUCAGACCGUGGAGGUUCUCUCCGCCUCGCGUCGUCAAGUGGUGCCCAACCAACUCAGCCCCGUGUGGAGUCGUGAGGAGGACGCCCUGGUAGAGGACACGGUCUUUGAGCUGACAUUCCUCGCCGACCUGGGUCCUCUCAGCGUGGAGACCUUCAUCUUGUACAAGAAACCUGAGCAGCAGAGACCGGAGACUUCCUACUUGGCAGCCAUCACAGUGUACAACACUGAAACCCUCGCUGUGCCGCCGUCGCUCAAAUUCCACCAAAACCGACCCGAGCCGCGCCGCACUGAACCCAUCUUGAUCGACAACCAGGUCGUUCAGCUGACCUUUGACCCAGCCACGGGGUCACUGCUCAAGAUCACCGACCUGGCCACGAACAACGAGACUGAUAUCAAUCUGAGUUUCGAGUACUACAAAGCCCAGGGGAGCGGGGCAUACAUUUUCUUUCCAGCGGGCCCAUCCAUGAGCCUGUUCAGCAACAUUCCAGUUUUCCGCGUGGUGCAGGGACCCUUGAUGACACGUGUGGAGGUGGGCUUUGAACCAUAUGUCAUUCACCAGAUCACGCUGUAUUCUCACCCGUCAGUGCAGGCGUCAGCUGUGCACAUCGAAAAUAUUGUCAGCAUCCAGACGCUCAAAGACAAAGAGGUCAUCAUGCGCCUCAGCUCAGACAUCGCCAACACUGACAAGUCUUACUUCACCGACCAGAACGGCUUCCAGUUCAUUCGGCGCCGGCCUAACCCUAGCUUGAGCGUGGAGGCUAACUACUACCCAAUGACUUCAGCCGCCAUUUUGGAAGACCGCACCACGAGACUGACCCUACUCUCUGGACAACCACACGGGGUCAGUUUGUUGGAGGAAGGUCAAAUAGAGGUCAUGUUGGACCGGCAGCUUCUGCACGAUGACUCCCGUGGAUUGGGCGAGCCCGUACAAGACAUCAAAACGACAGUCAGCAGUUUUAUUCUCUUGGUCGAGAGACGCAAGCAACCUCUAGCGACGGCCACAAAAUCUCACACGACCAGCUUGUCGCUGACGGGUCUGGUGUUGCAAGAUAUGCUGCUGCAGCCGCCGCUGGGCUACUUCUCCACUGUGGACAGUGACAUUUUCUACCGGACGGUCAACCCUGUCGCAACCCCAUUGGCCUGUGACGUCAGCGCGGUCAGUCUGAGGAGUUUAGCCAAUGGCAACCUACAGUACAACGGCACGAGCGUCAUCUUACAUCGACGAGGCUACGACUGUGGCUUCCCUUCCCCUUCCCUCCUCUGCUAUCCGUCGGACUCUUCUUUGUCAUUUAGCGGACUGUUUAGUGAGUUCAGUUUUUCCAACGUCCGGGAGACGUCUUUAACACACACUAUUGUCAACAGAGCAGUGAACCCUUCAGAAAAACUAAAGCUGGCCCCGAUGGAACUUUAUGCCUACCAUCUGCAGUUUUAAAUAUCUUCCAUUUCCGCCUGAUUUGCAUCUUAUCUUUUCACUGUUAUGAAUUGCAAAACCAUUUUUCAAUUUUGACUUGAUGAGCUGAUUCCGUAUGUGAUUGUUUGCGUUUGCUUAGAAUGUGUUGAUUUUUAUUUACUGUGUGCAUUUUGCGAUUGAAUUAUAUCCAUGGUUGAUUAUUUGGAAUGAACAUUGAUCUUCUAGUGACUGGAUGAUUUUCUUUUCUUCUGAUGACGAUGACAAAAAAUUUAUUCAUGUCAUGAUCUAUGGAACUGCAUCAUGAGCGGCUUGGGGCUCAUGCAAAGAGUAAACAAGAACAUCACUUUUUCCAGAUGUUCCUGGAGUUCCUCAGCUGUUGGACUUUGUUGGGGUUUUGUUUGUUUGUUUUUGUUUUGUUUCGAUUUGGGGACAGGGUGGCCAGGGGUUGACAGGACAGUGGGCUUUUGCAGUGUUGUUACAGUAUACCACACUUUGUGAAUGAGCAGAUAUUAUGUUCUUUUUAUUACCUAAGAACGCUCCUCAGUUAUUCAAUACCAGUUUUUAGUGUGUACAAUAAAUGUGACGUUGAUGUUAUGUGCAAAACAUUGGGAACAGUGAUUGAUGUUUGUGUCAGUUCAAAAGACGCUUUCUGUCUAAAAAUUGCCCCUUAAAAGAAAUUCACAUUUUUUCUUAAAUGUCAACAAAUGCGCUUCCUGCUUAAACACUUGGCGAAAAAUGUAUUAUUAUAGUUUUGCGUGUUCUUUGGUGUUUUUGUUUAACUAGUUGAUUCCUCCGCGUAGAUUUUGCCUUAUGUUGGAGGCAACACUCAAUUGAUCGUUUUUCUUUACUAGCCCUCUGUUCUAUCUGAAUAGCUAACUAUUUUUUUUUUAUCGCGCCAGGUAAUCCUUAUCUUGCUGAUGUAAGCAUAUUAUGCAAACCAGUUUCAGACUGCUCACGACGUCAGGUGAGGUAUAAUGCGGUUGGUAUGUAGUCUUCACUUCUGUGGUUAGCCUAAGAGCAAGGGGAUAUAACCUAUUAAAAUAUGGUACUAUUUUGACGUGAACGUUGUCUCUCUUACACUGUCGCAUCGGGAGUAGGGUG